AUGGAACGUCUUCUUCUUCCUUUCCUUGUUAUAGUAGUUAUUGCGGUUCCCAAGGCACUGCCACCUCCGAAAGACGUUGGAACCGGGGAUAAGCACGUGUCUGUUGGACUAUCUACCAAGCACCCCUACGACAACCGAACCUCUGAUAUGGAAACGGAGAUCAAAAACUACGCUUCAAAGGGUAAAGCUCAAGCAAAUGCUUAAGUAUGAUAUUUCCUACAAUAUUUUUUGAUGAGAAGCAAUUAUUAGUAGCUUUCCAAUUAGUAAAAAAAAUUAGCCAUUUCUACAGUAAUAUUUUUGUCUUAA